GGUCAAGCUCCCAUCCCUCACUGUCCCUCCAGAAACAUGCUCACAUUUCUGCUGCUCCAUAUUCGAGCUCCCAUUGCUCUCCAUCGUCGUCACCGUCGCGCGGAUUCGUCCUGCAACGGGCUCUCCGGUCGGUUCUUCUACUAGUUGCUGAUAAAGGGGGUGUCCAUGGACGGGUAUGUGCCGGAGGAAGUACGGAAGUGUGAGGAGUUUAUGGAUCGUAAGAUGAAACCUUCUCUGGUUCGUGCCACUAACGAGCGGAACAAGCUCUUUGAACAGCAGAAGAUUUUGUAUCCUUUCUUUUUCUCAGAUCUGCGAAAGAACAUAGAAAAUCUACAGAAGAACAGCAUAACUAAUCUAAGGACAAUGGUCAACAUUGGGUCUGAAGUGUACAUGCAGGCUGAGGUACCUGACACCCAAAGGAUCUUCGUCGAUAUCGGAUAUGGGUUUCACGUGGAAUUCACAUGGGAUGAAGCUCUGAACUACAUACCACUAAGGGAAGAGUUAUUAGCAAGGCAGAUAGAAGAGUGCACUCGUAGAAUUGUCCGGAUCAAGGCUGAUAUCAAGCGGAUUCAUGAAGGGAUACGACAGUUGCUUCAAAUUCCGCAGGAGCCAUAUGUAGAAGAGCGCGUCUUUUAGCAGCGCAUCUGAAUUUGUCUCGUGUAAUUCUCUCCUUUCUGGCACUUAAACAACGAACUUGAUAGCUCAAGAGACUGGUGCUGUUUGAUUAUACAGAUAUUGUAAAAAGAUGCAUCGGGCGGGCAAAUUUUGUGUCUCGUCUUGGUUACAUGAAAAUGGAUAGUACAUUCUUCUAAUCCUUUUGAA